CACCUAUAUGUGAUAAAAUAUUAAUUUUAAUGAACGAAUAAUAGUAAUAUAACAAUUAUUAAGACAAUUUUAUUAUUUUAAAAAAAAAAAUUGUUACGUACUACGAAAAGAUUAUAAAAUGUUAAAAUAAUCGAGGUCAUUAUUAUUGACCUCGAUUUUCGUAUUUUAUGAAUUACUAUAGGUAAUCAUUAAUCAACAAUAGUUGGUGACUGUUGGCGACUGGCUGAGUAGUGACUACUGAUUAGUGAGUGGCGAGUGUUGACAAGUGACAGUACUUGGAUAUCUGUGGUAGUUAACAUUUUUUUCUCAGAUUUGUUUAGUUCAAAUUAUACAUUAUUUUUUAUUAUGCACGUAUUCUAUCUGUUGCCGAAAUUUGAAAUAAUUUAUAUUUUUUAAUGUUUCCAAUAUGUCUACUCUUUAAGUUGUGAUUCCUUAAAUAAAUUUAAUAUCUAAUACAUAUCAAUUUAGUUUAGAUUGAGUCUUAUAUGGGAUGAUUUUAAUCUAAUUGUACGUUUUUAGUUAAGGUAUAUCAUAUAUAAUCAUGUCAAAUGAUUACUAAUUUUUUAUUUAUAAUUUAGUUAAAGUAUUGAAUGUAAUGAGAUCAAAUCAUGGUGGAGAACGCAGUAAAAGAAUGGUUAUCAGAGUUUGCUACUUUAGAAAAAGACGACUGGGCAACAUUUGCUAUAACAACUUCACAAAAUAAAAUACUCAUAGAAUCAAUAUAUACUGUGCUUGAUGAUAUUCAUAAAUAUGCCAAGGUAAAUUUUAUAAUAAUUUUAUAAAUGUAUAAAAUAUAAUAGAUAUUUAUUAAUCAAUAAUACUUAACACUAAUGUCCAGUUAGCACUAACCAAUAAUUAAAUAGACCACAUACUAGCAAAGUUCUGUCAGUUAACUCACAGUUAGCGCUAAUCAUCUCAUUAAAGCGCAAUGUAAGAAUUAGACUAUUAUUAAAAAUGUUAUAGUUAUGGUAUUUAGUUAUUUUGCCACAGAGUUUUAUUGGAAUUGAGAGUUCUAAUUGUAUUAUCUUUAAAAAUGUAUUUUACGCCAGGGCUGUCUUGGCCAUUAUUAGGCUUUUAGUAUCUUAUUAAUUAUCAUUUGUUCUACUAUAUGUACUUUAAUAUAAGUGGCUUCAUAUUCAACCUUAACUAUUUUAUCUCUAUUGUCAAUUUCUCCAGCAUAAAACUAAACUGAUAAGAAGUAUAACAAAUAAAAAUGUAUGUAGAUAUAUUAAUCGGGAUUUAUAGGGCUUAAAAUAAAAAAAAACAUAUUUCAUAUUUGAACUGUUAAGUAUUUUAGAUUCUGAGUGGAGCUAGGAGAGUAUUGGUUUUAUAAUUAUGUUUAUUUAUUUAUUCAUUUUUUUCUGUGAACAACUUUUCUACCAGAAAUUUUAUUCCGAUUUUCAAGUGUAUCAUCAUUUUUAAAAUAAAAUCUGAUUGGGGGGGGGGGUCAUGUACCUUAAAGAGGCCAUGGGAAAAAAAGAAAAACAGGAAAAUAUUAAAGAUACAAUAUUAAACAAAUAUUAUCAAAAAAGAUAUAUAAUGAUAUAUAUAUAUAUAUACUGUUGAUAAAGCUAUUAACCAAACUUUGCUCAGAAUCAUUUUUGUCGUCAAUGACUAGUUGUUGUAUACAGAUAUACAUUAAAUUUCCCCUUUACCUUUCAAAUUUCUCUCCUACAACAGUACGAUGUCUGUAUCUUUUUUUUUUCUUUCUUGCAGUUCACUGACAAUAUUGGCAAAAGGUUCUUAAUUAUCAGAUAGUGAUUGGAGUCACUAUCUGCUCUCCUCUACCUUCUUACAUUGGUUAUACGUGUUUUGUUUUUUACUAAUUAUAUCAUGAAUAAUUUGAUUUGAGUUUUUGCAUUAGGUGAUAUCCAUGUGUUUUUAUAAAUAUCUUUUCUUAUAAAGAAAGUGCUACUCACUAUUAUGUCCUUAGAUGUUGCAAAGUUGAUUACUUUCAAACCAUUACUAUUUAUUUCGACACUAAAUGCAAGCUUCUCGGUCUGUACAAAGACUUGUCCAAUUUGAACAUUUAAAUCUCCCAUUAGUAUUUGCAUGCAGUUUCUUUGAAGGGUAUUAUAUAUUCAUUCCAGUUCUUCAUAGAAUUCACAUUUGAUGUUAUUUUCUUCCUCAUUUGAGGCAUAGCAGCUUAUUGCUAUAAUAUCACAAAAGUCUCCUUCCGACUUUAAAACACACUAAAUCUCAAGGCUUGUGUAGAAGAUUCAUAACAAUAUGAUAUACGAGGUUGUGUUGUUAUACUAAGCGUUGAUAAAAAUAUUCUUAUUAAUGAGUAUAUAUAAUCAUAAGCAUAUAUAAAUCACUAGGUAAGCUAUGAAUAAAAAAAUAACUUAAAUAUUUACUGAGAUAAUUAUUUUUAAUUAUUUUUUUAUUGUAAAUACCCCAAACUGUUAAGUAAAUAUUUGAUAGUUUGAAAAUUUCAAAGUUCUAAUAGUGAAUCACUAGAUUUAUUAAAAAUAUAAUAUUCCAGAUUGUUUUAGAAAUAUUUUAUUUCGAUAAUAGUGUGUUAAGUAGUGAUAAAGUUUUUCAAAUUAUGAAAUUGAAGGUGGUUUUUUGAAUUUAAUUUAAUUAUGCUGUAUUUAUGUUAUUAAUAACAUUUAUAUAGUUUUGUAAAAUUGUCAAAUAAUUUGUUAUCAAUUCUACACUUAGAACAAAAUGAUUAUAACUUAUUAACUAAAAUAUAUUAAAAAACUACUAUUUUUGCAUUUCAAUUUUAAUUAUUUGAUUAAUAGAAUAAUUCUUAUUAAAUUUUGUAGAUAGUUAGAAAUGUUCAAAAUGUUUACAAAAUGCCAUUUAUUUUGUUGUAACACACAAUAUAAUUUUUAUUAAUGGUCAACUCUCUAAGGCCUGUUUUUACAAUAACUUGUUUGUCAUUCUAACUUAUAAUUAUAAUUAUAACUUAUUAUUAUUAUUAUACAUUUUUAAUUUUAUUAAUUAAAAAUGUAUUUUACCUAAACUACUUUGAUUAUAGACUAGAUUAAAAGUAUUAUAUUAUUAUAAUUCAAUAAUUUAUUGAUAAUUUAUAUUAUAUUUGUUUUACUAAAAUUUAAAUUAUUCUUGCAGUUAAUUGAUCGUAUUUGUGGUGCUCUUUUUAACUGUUACCGAACUGAAGAAACCGACUUACAUUUAUUUGUUUUACUAUUUUUACCGCAUUUAACAUAUAGUUAUCUUAAUUCAAUUGCCCAUGUUGAUAAACAAGUAAGACUCAUUGUAUAGAACUGAUUUUAAUGUUUCAUAUUUUAUAAGAUCAAAAAUAUACCUAUUUCUAACUUUGUAAAAUUGUUUGUAUAAUUAAUUAAAAUGGUUUAAAUUUAUUAUAAUUGUAUUAUUAGAGUUGUCGUAGUAUUGAAGCAUUAUUAAUUGGAAUCUACAAUAUUGAAGCUGUAGAUGAAAAUAAUACUCCAAGAUUUAUAUCAUUUCGUUUGCCAUCUUUAGCUCAGCCAUCCAUUUACCAUGAAGUAAGUAUAUAUAUUUAAAGAAAUAUGAUUAUUAAAUUUUUUGUUAAAUUACAAUAUUCUUUGUCACCUGAUCUAUAUCUAUGAUUUAAGAAUACUAUUAGAUAUAGUUAAUAAAGUUAGAACAUUAAAACUAAACAUUGAUAAACCAUUGUAGAAAUAGGACAAAGUAAAAUGUCAAACAAUUUGUAAAUAGUUCCAUUUGUUUGAUGGAAUAUUAAGAAGAAUCCAAAACUCUAAAUAUAAUCAUCAUACAAUAUAAAUCUGUACAAAUAGUGCUUAUUAAUUUAAUGUUUAAAAUUAAGUAUUUUUAAUAGUAAAUAUAUAAUUGUAUAUUAUUAUUAAAGUUUGUUUAUAUUAAGUUAUUUAUUGCAUGUUAUCAAAUUUUUCUAUUUUAAGCCUAGUAAUUUGGCUCCAACAUCAUUGACAGAAACUGCCAUCCGUCGUCUAGAACAAAGGGACACUCACCCAGUUCGUCGAGGUCCAUUUAAUCAAAUUGAAAGACUUUCUGCAUCCAAUAGAAUGGAAGUUCUUAGUAAUCUAUAUUUUAUAUAUUACAAACAUUUAAAUCUUUUACCAGAAGUUUAUAAUCCAUUUGAUCGAUUUUAUAGAGUUACAUCCAAGUACGUAAAUUCAAUCUUUGGUACUAUGUUUAGGCAUUUUAUUAUCUUCUCAUUUUUUUGGUUAAUAGAAUGGUUACUCAGGGUUUUUUCUAUAAGCGGUCAACAUCAUUCAGUAAUACUGAUACAUCAACAUCAACAACUUUACCACGUAUUCCACUGUCUCCUAAACUCUUGAUUCAUUUACUUUACUGCUUAUAUAUUUCAAUGUAAGUCAUUUUAUAAAAACAUUUAUUGUUUAUGAAAGUUUAUUAUUUAUAAUUUUUUUUUUUUUAAAUUUACAUUUUAUUUGCCAAAUAAAUUAUUUAAAAAGUAGUUCUAUAGUACAAACGUCUGAAAUUGAUAUAAUAAUAUACUUAUUCCUAUAAUUACAUUUUAUAAAAUAUAUUAUUUUUAGUUUAAAGUGUGUUUUAUGUGUUAAGGGAUGGUUCACUCAGAUAGAAACACUCAUUGUCUUGAAAAGUAUUAACUUUUUUUGGAAUUUUUUCUUUGAAACAGGAAAUAAAUAGUUCUGAAAUUGUACAUUUUUUUUUUUUUUUGUUAUCCUUAUUUUAGAAGUGAAAUGAUACUUAUUUUUGAUUUUAAAAUUAAUUUCUUAAAUAGAGUGUUAGUUAAAAUAAACUUUGGUGUUCAAUUUUUUGAUUUCUGUCAAUCUGUUAAAGAGAUUUCACUUUUAAGUUUGGGUUGAGGUAGAGGUUUUGUGAAUUAUUAAAACGCUGCAAGCCGUGGUGCCACACAGUAAUAUUCCACCACUUUCCCUUUUACCCAAACUUAAAAAAAUAUCUAGUGAAUUGGUUGACGAAAUUCAACAAUUUCAACACCAAAAUUUAUUGAAUCUAAUUAGAUCAAAAAUCGUUAAAAUGUUUUAAAUAUUGAACUAAGUCCAGAAAAGGCAAAUAUAAGUUAUCUGUUAAAAUGUAAAAUCUUUAUGAAUGUUUACAAAUACCAACUAAAUCCAAAAUUCAACAAAAAAAUGACUUGAGGUUUUUCGAUUGGAGCAAUAUGUGUGGUAGAAAAUAUAAGCUGUAAAAAUUUAAAAUAAUCAAAUCUUAUUAUUUUAAUUUAUUAUUUUAUGUCUUCGAGGUUUUCCUAAUUAUCAUGAAAACCUAUUGAAUAAUCGAAAAACUAUUUACUAAAUUAACAUUUUUUUUUUUUUUUUUUAUAUCAUUAAAAGCUGCAUGUUGCUAAUAUAUGCUUCAAUAAGAAAAAAAAAAUUAAAAUACACAAAAAUAUGCACAAUCAAAUUUUGUAUUUAGAUUCUAUAUAACAUGAAAAGAAUUUUUAAUUGGCUCUGCUGCUACUUUUUACAUAAUUCAGAAUAAAUAUGCAAAUUCUAGAAGUCCCUAAGCCUACUUAUAAUUAUUUACCAAAUACAAAAUAUACAUUGUAUGACUGCAUAAUAUAAUAGAGCAAUCAAAUUUUUUAAUACCACUACUGAUGAUUUAUAUUAAUAUUUUCAUUUCACUAUAUUAUAUUUAUUAACAGUUUUCUAUUCAGUAAUAGUAGUUUAUUUUAUGAAUAUACAUGUCAUAAUUUGUAUAAUUUAAUAAUUAUGUUUUAAUGUACAAAAUCUAUCUUUAUUAUUAUUUAUCUCUUUUUAAUGUUGUCAUUAUUACCAAAAACUUAUGAUUUAGAUGUAUUUAAAUUAAACAUAAAAUAAAAUCUUUAGUAAUUAUAAUAAAUGUUUUAAAUAUUUUUGAAAAAAAUUUACAGGUAAAUAUUUGUUUUUAUUCUGAUUUUAUUAUAUUUAUUUUAAGAUUUAAUUGUGGAAAAUCAGAAGCCUUCCAAGCAUUGGAAGAUAUUUAUCACCGUGCGUGUUACAGUUGUUAUUGUGAAGUGAUAUUAUUAGCAAAUUCAAUUAAAAAUUCUUGUCAAGGAUAUUUUGAAGGUCAGUAAGGGUAACCAAUAUUUUAAUAAGAAGACUUAAUAUUAUUUUUCUAUUUAUAUUUAGGAGGACAAUCACCUAAUAUAUCAUCAGUAGGGACACCAGUUAGCAAUAAUACUUGUAGUACACCAGUAUCAAAAUCUAUGAUUACUAAUGCAUCAUUUAGAACCAAAAAACUACCAGGUAAAUAUUGAACCAACUUAACUUAGUUUUAUGUUAAACUACUUUUUAUUAAUAAGGUAUAAAUUAUUUGUGUAUUGAAUAUCUAAAACAAUUAUUGCUUACCACAUUUUUAUGAUUUUAAAAUAUAUAAAAAUCAUCAGAAAAUGUUAAAAUGUGUUGUAAAAAGCAAAUAAAAAAUACUUAAAAAUCAAAAAUAAUAGAAUAGUUUAAGAGCCCCUCACCCCAUCUAACAGAUUUAACUCAAAAAAAAUAAUUUUUAACACAUAAAAAUGAUUAUUGAAAAGUAAUUUUUACUAACAACUUUAUUUUGUUCAUCAUUUUUGCUUUUUAAAUAUUUUUAAGCGCCUUUUUGUGGAUUAUAAGAGAAUAUCUAUUCUCUUAUAAUCUCUUAUAAUUCUCUUAUAUUCUCUAUAUAAAUCUAUUCUCUAGUAAUGGUAGAUUUUUAAAAAAUUAUAUAUUUAAUUUAUAAAAAAAUAAAGUAUAAACAUUAGUCUUAUUGUAUUUUAUUAUUAUUUUAGAUGACAUUCCGAUCCAGAAUAAUCAGGGCACAUUUGAUGAAAGUUUUGAUGCUUCUGCAAAUUUAUCAUCAAUAGUUGAAGAAAUAAAUGAUAUUAAAGAUCCGAGUACUGAAUCAGCACCAGUAAAACGCAGUUUACCAAAAAUUGCUGCUAAUUUUGGUAAAAAAACUGCUGAAAAAAUUGCAACUGCUGUGAAAAGUUCUGGAAAUACAAAAAAUUUCAAGUUAAAUACUCAAAAUGGUUCAGAUAUUUACGAAACAGAUGAAAGUGGUAUUGAUUUAGCUGGCUCUGACAUAUCUGAUACUAAAACUGGAAUAGGACACGAUGAACGAACUUCUAUGACACCAUUACUCAAUAGAAGAAAUCCUAGUAUGUCAGUUGAAUUAGAAUCAUCUAGAUCAAUUCAGGUAAAAUUUCUUUGUCAAAUUUGUUGUUUUAUCAUUAUAAAAAUUAAUUUUGCCUUAAAUUAAUAAAUUUGUGUAUUCAUAUUUUGAGUAAAAUUAAUAUUAAUAUGCCAAAUUCGUUUAAAUAAAUGUUUUCAGAUGGGUGUAAACGUUAAGUGUUACAAAGAAAGAUUCCAUUAAAUUUUAACUUUCAUUCUUCGUUAUUCAUUUUGGUAAUACUAUGCAGCAUGUUGAAUAUUUUUAAUCAUUUCCGCUGGUAUUUUACAUGUUUUUUACACAAGUAUAUAUUAUUUUGCUUCUAGUAAAAUUGAAUAUCAAUUUAUCAUUUAGUUGCACGAAAAUUAUUAGUUAUUUAAUUUAAAUAUUAGAAAGGCAUACUUCACAGCACUUAUAGGCUUAGAAAUUAUUUUUUUCUCAGAUAUUUAUUUAGGUUAUUAUAAUUUUAAUCAAGGUUUACUUUUAUUUAAAAUAAUUAAAUAUAAAAAGUAAUAAUCAGUAUUAUAGUCUAAUUAUUCAAUUUGGUGGUUAAAUAAAGUCACUCUUUUCAAAAAUGCAAUAAUUCAAAAUUUUAAAUUGUUUAAAUGUUAAAUUAUGAAAAAUUACAUUGAGAAAAUAUCCAUCUACACAUUUAAUUUUUCAAUUACUUUUACUGACAUUCCUACCAAAUUUCCUUUUGCUCACCUACACUUGUGAUUUGUGAUUACAUGAUCAUGGGGGCCUAGCUUGAUCUCUAUUCAAUGAAGUGAGGUUGUCUCUUAGGAUGUGUUAUAGUAGGGUGACUAUUAAAAAAAAAAACUGAACACUUUUUUGCAAUGAGUAAAAAAAAAAUGUGUUUACCAUCAAAACGAGAAACAAAAUAAUAUAUUGUAAUACUUAUGUAUGUUAUGUAUAUGUAUUAAAAAACAAAUUCAUAAUACUAUUAUACGCCAUACUACAUCAAAUAUAUAGGAUGCUACAAAAUCAUGUGUCGUAACAUAUUUAUACUUUUUAAGUUGUAAGAUUUCAUAGAAAAAAUUGUCUUAAGUAAAUUUAUUAUAGAUGAUUUUAUCAAUUAAUCAAUAAAAUCACUUUUUGAUGAAAAAAAUCGUACAAACAGGACAGUCAAGGAAAACAGGACUAAUUGUGUCCUAUUUAAUUCCGAUUGGAAAAACAGAGCACCAAGAUGAAAUAUAUGACAAUCCUGUUUAAACCUAGUAUGGUCACCCUAUAAUGUUGAAACCAUAGUUCAUCCACAUCAAUUUCUUUUAAUUAUUCCAAAGCAGACCAGAAGAACUUAGAAAUCAUACAUUCAUAUCUAUAUAACUAGGGAACGGAUUUAUAUGUAAAUGCAUAUUUUAUUAGAACAAUAUAUUUAAGAUUUUAUAAGAAAUGUUCACAUUAAAUCAUUCUUAUUAAAAUGUUGUCAAAUUUAUUUCAUAUAUUUCACUAAUGUAAAUAUUUUUAAUCAUUUCAUCAUUCAUAUAUUUUUAAGCCCAUGUUGCAGUAAAUGAAAACAGCCAUUUAUCGGUAUAUUGUUGAUUUAUACUUUUGGUCAUUAUCUUGCACAAAAACUAUGUCCUUAAAUGAUAGUAUGUAAAUUGUCGAAUCAGCGAGAUAAAAAAUUUAAAACUUAACAUUUCCCCCCUCCCCAUAUUUUGAUGUUUUUAAAACUUAUUUUAUAAAUUUUACUUCCGUAUUUAUGUACAUAUUUUUGUAUUUUUAUUACAUAUAAAUCUGUUCUCUUUUUAUAACGUACACCAUCCAUACAAUGUGGCUAUUGGCCAAUUACACUUACCUAAAAAUCAAUUACCGCAGGCACAGAGAUAAGCAUAUGUUCAAUGUAAUAUUUCAUCAUUAAAUUGUAGUUUCUACAAGUUGUACAUUAAUAGACAUUUUGAAUUUUGGAUACAUUUUAACUAUUGUUGCAUUUUAGAUUCUGAGCAGAAAGAGAAAUGUAUUAGUUUACAAUAUUUAUUUUUUAUAUUUUAUAAAUAACUUUUCUACCAGAAGCUUUUCUUUGAUUUUCAAGUGUAGCACUUUUUAUGAAUGGAAAUCUGACUGGGGUGGUUUUGAGAGCGGUAAUUUUUUUUUAUUGGUAAAACUGGAAAUUUUAGCUUAUCAAAGCAUGUAUUACCAAACAACACGCAGAAUGGUUUUUCAUUAGCAAUGAUUAAUCUUUUUAAGAUAAAACAUUGUUGUGCGAAGUAUGUUCAUUUAUUUUUAAAAAUAAUUUUCACAUUGAAUGUAUGGUCAUAAACUCAAUAUGAGUAAUCUACAAAUGUAUUGGUUAACUGUGAGGUUAGGUUUGGUUAGGUUAUAUUGAACAUUUUGUGUAUAAUAUAAUUUAUUUUUAAUAUAUUUGUUUGAGUAAUUAGAAAUAUUUAAAAAUUUUGUUUGUACAAUUAAAUGUGUAUUGAAGAUUGCAAUGAUUUGAAUAAACUUCUAUCAGAAAUAAUAUGAUCAUGUAUGGUGCGGGUUACAAUUGGCAGCUGUUAGUUGUUCAAUAAUUCACAUUCUUUUUAAGAAUUUAAUAAAUUAUAAAUGCCAGUAUUAUAGGUAAUUAAAAAUGCCUUGAAAUGAAAAAAAAAAAUCUAUCAAUUUUAACUAUUGUAAGCUUGAUUAUUUUUAGACCUUUUUAAGAAUUAAUAUUUCUUCAUCUGAAAAACACUAGUUUAUUAUUAUAUGGAACCCAGAAAUAUUAAAUUACGAUUUAUAAUUUUCAGAGGACACUAAAAAUUGAUUGUGUGAAAUAUCACAAAUUAAAAAUACUCAUAAAUAUUUCAAAAAUAAAUAACUAAAAGAAUUAUCAUACAUUUAAAUCAGUGGUUCCCAACUGGUGGUCCGUGGACUCAUCUUAAGUGGUCCGUGAAUAAAAAAAUUUAAAUUUAAAAAAAUGAGCGAAAUUAUACUUGAUAUUUUUUAUUAUAUUAAAUUUUUAAAUAAAAAAGUUAAAAUAUUUUUUUCCACGACAUAAACUGUAUUUCUAAUUCUUAUUUUGUACCCAGAAAUUAUAAACUAUAAAAAAAAAUAAGUGAUAUAAAGAGGGGGGGGGGGGUUGAAAUCAGGGAGUGGUCUGUGACGGUGGAAAAUUUAUAAAAGUGGUCAAUGCCUAUUGUUGAGUUGGGAACCACUGAUUUAAAUAAUGUAAUUCCCUUAAAUUACAUAAUAAGGCAAUCUCAAUUUACUCCAAUAUUAAAACUAACAGCACAUUUAUAUGGUGGAAACAAAUGCAUGAGUAGUGUCCUCUUGAAAGUGAAUUUUAUACAAUUUUUUUUGAUAAGAUUAUUAAUUAAAUUUCAUAAAAAAAAAAAUAACAAUAAAACCAUUUACCAAUUAUUUUAAUUUGAUUUCAAUUCAAUAUUUGAAUGUAUAGAUAUGGACAGAUAAUCUUAAUUUUCUUUAAUAAUUAUUUUUGAUUUAUAAAUUUCAAAUGGUAACAAAAAAAAAAGUGAUGCAAAUACAAAAUUGUAUAGAUGUUUUUAUUGUAAAUUUAUUAGUAUUUUAUUUAUUUUGUUCCAGAUCGAGAGUACUGCAUUAUGACUUGUAUUUUAAGUUAUUUAAUUUAUUGGGCUUAUGGAAGGAAUUUUGGUUCGGUGUGAUUUUCUUUUAAUGUAUCAAAAUUAUUUUAUUAGAUCUAGAGUUGUAUUGUGAUAAUCAAGAUUUAAUAUUUGUAUUGUUUUCUUAUAUAAUGUAUGUACUUAAUUAAUUUUAAUAUAUUCAUUGAAUUUGUUUUAUUGUAC